UCUCUUCUCCGGCACUGCGUUUGUUUUGAUUAGAAGCCUUUGAGCUUUCGAGGUUUUGAUGCUUGAGCUACUGGGCUUCCCGACCGCUCAAGCAUGCUGGAGCCGACUUGUGCUCCCUCCUCCGAUGAUCCUUCGGGAUCUGUCGGUUUCUGGGUGCAGAUCUGGCGGCCUUCUUUCUCCUCUGGCGAAUCUGAGGCGGCACGCGCGAGGGCUGCCAGAUCUGACGCCCACCGCGGCUCUCCUGCUGGUUUUGAGGGACUUCCACCGCCUGAUUGGGUUACCGCCCCAGCAUCCUGGAGCCUGACGCUAUUUCUUUAAGGGUAGGUAGAAGGGUGUCCCAUAUGGAUUGAUCGACUAAAGGCCGUGGUAUUUCCGGGGUCAUUCAUGGUUGUUCGAGUGCUGAGUGCACCUCCCUUCAGCCUCUGGAUAUGGGUCUACUCUAAUAUUUUGUUCCAAUUAUUUUUACUAUUUGUUAUCUUUGUAGAUGUCGUAUGACGGUAUUUGUAAUGAAACCAUUCCUUUAUG